UUGUUGUGUCUGGUUCACCCAGGUUCAAAACCAGUGUGAUUAUUCUCGUGACCUGAACGCAGUGUUCGUGUGGACGUGUGAUUCUGUAAGAGCGAUUAGCUUUUUUUAACGACUCGGUGAUGGGCAAACGUAAGGACCAAGCAAAGGCUGUGGCCAGCGAAGAAGCAGAGGGUAAUGGUGGAGGAGACGUCCCUACCAAGAAGGGCAAGGCGGCUGGCGGGAAGAAAGGAGCUCUAGUAGCAGAACCAGACUCAACUGUGGGCAAUGAGGCAAACAAGUUGGGCUCCAAAGGCAAGAAAGCUAAGCCGGUGCUCGCUGAUGCUCAAAAGGAUCAGGAAGAUUUGGAGGAGCAGGACGUGGCUGAUGUUGCUCCAGAUUCAGUUGCCGCCGUCGACCCGGAGGAAGCCGCCACUCGUCCGAAGAAAGGCCGCCGGAAGAAUGGCGCAGCGGUUGUUGAGGAGAAGCCUGGGAAGGAAAAGCCGAACAAACGUGCAGCACAAAAAGCAGAUGAUGCGUCUCUAACUGAUCUGUCUCCUGUGAAGAAGCCAGCUGGCAAGGGCAGCCGUCCAAGAAAAAUUGUGGAAGAUGCAUCGUCGUCAACCGAGGAAGUCGCAGAGCCAUCUGAAGGACGACGUCCAAAGAGAAACGCAGCUGCGGCCGCAGCUGUGGCAAUGGCUGAAGAUGCUUUAGCAGAGAAGCAGUUUGAAUCCAAACGAAAGAAGAAGGGUGAUUCGGGAGAAGGAAGAACCAAGCAGGCGCCUGGAGAGAAGAAGUCGCGGGCCAAAAAGAUCCCAUUGGAAGAAGAGGAGGAGGAAGAAGAAGACGAAGAAAACAUUGAAGAGGAUGAAGUGAAGGCGUCUGAUGCUGAGGAGGAUGAGGAGAAGCCAGUGGUUCCUGUUGUCAAGGGUAAAUCUGCUGGCAAAAAGAGCAACAAAGUCGCGGUUGGUAAGAACAAGAAACCUGCUGACCAUGAAGAAGAUGAAGAAGACGCGGUUGUUGAAGCUCAAGAGGAUGAAGUUGAUGCAGGC